AUGUUCUGGUAGGACUGCUCUGGGAUUGAAUGGUCUUUGUUUGACCACACUUGUGACCAUGGCCCCAUAUUUACCCAGCCCAGUGUGGCUUUAAACACUGCACUGCACCACACUCCAGUUCUUUUCCACAGUCCCCUUUAACUUCAUGUGAAAGAAUCUGUUAUUCUGCAGAUUCCUGCUGCUCAGCUUGGUGGUUAGAGCGUGGAGGCUGGAGUUGGAAGUAAGAACGAGAAGUGUGUCUGAUUUUGAAAAUGUAACAAUGGUUCUGUUGACAGAGAUUUGAACUUCGACUCAGCAUAGAGAGGAGAAAUCAAGUGUUUGUGUGUGUGUGUGUGUGUGUGUGUGUGUGUGUGUGUGGAUGUGUUUAACUAUUCUUGUGGGGACCAGAAGUCCCCACAAGAAUAGUAAACUUGCAAAAAUUUGACCAACUGGGGACAUUUUGUUAGUCCCCAUGAUGUCAAAUGCUAUUCUAGGGGGUUUAGGGUUAAGGUUAGAAUUGGUGUUAGGGUUAGAAUUACGUUAAGGGUUAGGGUUAGAUUUAGGGUUAGGGUUAGCAUUCGUGUGCUGGUUGAGAGAAUGGUUGAGAGAAUGCCAAGAGUGUGCAAAGCUGUCAUCAAGGCAAAGGGUGGCUACUUUGAAGAUUCUAAAAUAUAACAUCUAUUUUUAUAUUGUUUAACACUUUUUUGGUUACUACAUGAUUCCAUAUGUGUUAUUUCAUAGUUUUGAUGUUUUCACUAUUAUUCUACAAUGUAGAAAAUAGUAAAAAUAAAGAAAAGCCCUUGAAUGAGUAGGUGUGUCCAAACCCUUGACUGAUACUGAAUAUAUAAAGAAGGAAAUCAGCCCUCGGCUGAAUCUAAUUGAUGAUCUCUGACGUAUAGUGCCAUAUGUCUUGCCUGGUCGUACAAUAGCAUAUGAAGCAUAUGAACGUUAUCAUAGGUCUUGGAGGACGUAUAGUAUUAUACGUAUUUUCUCUAAAACCAGGUUGCUUGUUGCGUCUUAUCAACAAAGGAGAAUUACGGGGAGAAUUUACGUUGGUGGUUAGGUGAACUAAAGCGACAAAGGUUAGGUGAAUUUACAUAGCAGGUUAGUUGAAUUGGGUUAAGUUUAGAAUAAGGGUUAGUGGAGGGUUAACUAAAAUGCUACAGUUUUCCCCGACACCACUCGAACACUCAACCUUUGGAUUGCUAGACAGUUAUGCAUUACACGUACCCAUCCUCCCUGACCAACCUCCCUACUUUUGUUUCAGUCUGAAGUAGCCAGACCAGUAGUAGGUAUCAUACGUCUUGGAGGUGCUCAGAAAUAUGUAAAGUAUGCUUCGUAUGGCUCUGAGGCCAGGCUGGUGUGUGUGCAUGUCAAUUCAUCAUUCUGAACCUCAGCAUGUAGCCUGGGACCCCCUACAGAGAAGCUUGUCUCUCCCAAUCACCACUUCAUUUAGAUAAGGGCUGCAAUGCUGCUGGUGGUGUGGGUGUGUUUGAUAAUUUAGUAUGUAGAAUUUCUCUUAUCAUUCAUGGAGCUAGGCAACAGCUUGACUGUGGUGGCAUAUUCUCAAUAGAGAUAGAUAAAGUCCUGGUCAAAAGUAGUGCACUAUAAAGGGAAUAGGGUGCCAAUUAGGAUGCAAGCCAGAACCUUGGAACCUCAGUCCUUCCCCUAAAGACAUCUAGCCACUGUCCAUCUUUGCCAGUCAUGUCAUGUCAUGUCACCUCUAUUGAUGCGUGAUGACAUCAACCCACAGACAGCAAGAGAGACUGUCUUCUAGAGACUCGAAACAACUGAGGUGACUAUUUUCCUUACAGUUCAUGUCUACCACUGUAAAACGCUUGUAAAAGUUUGACAGAAAGAGGUUUGUUAGGAUUUGGGAGUGUUUUAUUCUCUUGAAGGCAAAAAGGGCACUUACUGAAAAUAUAAUAUAUCCCAUUUAGCAGAUGCUUUUAACCAAAGCGACUUACAGUCGUCCUUGUAUACAUUUGGCGUAUGGGUGGUCCCAGCGCCAUUGAACCCUCAACCCUUGGUGUUGCAAGCGCCAUGCUCUACUGACUGAGUCACAUAGAAUCACUGUGUGAACUGAAGUUACUGAAGCAUCAUAUCUUGUUCUCCCUCAUAUUGUUUUAUACCCUGUAUCUUGGUAGUGUGCUUACAGUCAAUACUCCCCAAUGAAUAAACCGUACCUUGGGCAGUCUGGCACAUCCAAGAAACACUGUAAAUAGGCUUAGGCCCCUGAGAAGAGGAUCGCAAAUUGAGUUUCUUGUUCUUUUCAUAAUGUGCCUUCACUUUGUCCUCCCUUCUCCCACUUUCUCAUAAUAUUUCGCUCUGUCACUUUUCUAAAAACAAAAGUUGAAAUUGCCUGUAUAAUGACAUGAAUUGCCUUAUUAUUAUUCAAAUUAAAAUGAAAAGAAUAAUGCUAAAGUUCAUUUUCAGGCCAGUCUUUUGCUCUCACACAGCACCACACAGCACGGAGCUCCAUCCAAGCCUUGUAUUGCAUUCCUCUUCAGGGCUAUUCUGUUUCCCUUUUUUACCUACAUUGAUAUGCAGAGGCAAAUAAAUCAAAGAAUCGCUUUGUUGCCUCUAAUAUCCUCAUUUGUUCUUUUGAAGCCUGCACUUUAAAAUAAAUUAAUUUGCACGCUCUAACGCGAUCCCUCAGAGGCACUUUUCUGUGGAGAGCUGUGACGACCAGUAUGCAUGUGUGCAUGUGUGUGUGUGCCUUUCAAGGUGUGUUUUAUAUAAGAUAAUCCUUCUGAAAGUAUGUGUGUGUCUCUGCCAUGCCUGAUACUCUGUCAACAAGAGACUGUCUACAUACACUCGCCAAAAAGAAACAUUCUGGAACCUCAACCUCCUCAGUGUUUUGAUUUCAGAUUAAAAGGGACAUUUCCUGUACGACACACACCAUAUAUUUUGGGUUUAUGUGAGUUCCUGUACUGUAUAUAGGUCGCAGAUGUCUUUAAUCCUUUAAUUUAAUAGGAGUAUUGAUGUGUCAUGCUGAAGAAGACCUCGAGUCUGCUCAAAUGAUCACUGGAAACUCGGGAGUCACCUUGAAAUGAACCGUCUGGCGCCGGUGGAGAGCCUGCCCCGGGAAAUUUUAUCAGGUUGAGAAGAAUAGGGUGCGUGCGUAGGCAGGAAUCACUGGAAACAACCCCAGUGCACAGGAAAAAAUUUUUUUUUUCCCCCCCCCCCUUUUUUUUAAAAACCCCCCCCCCCAAAAAACCCCCUUUAAACCCCGAAAAUAAAUUUUAAAAAAAAAAAAAGGGGGGCCCCCCCCAAAAAAAAAAAAAACCCCCCUUUCCUUUUUUUUUUAAAAAAAACCCCCCCGGGGGGGUUUUUCCCCAAGGGGGCAUUUUUAAAAAAAAUUUUUUUUUUUUUUUUUAAAAAAAAAAAAAAAAAAAAUUUUGGCCUUUUUUUAAGGGGGGGAAAAAAAAAUUUUUUUCCCCCCCCGGGGGGGUUUUUUUUUUUUGGGUUUUUUUGGGGGGGGGUUUUUUUUUUGGUCCCCUUUUUUUUGUUUUUGGAAACCCCUUUCUUUUUUUUUUUCCCCCUUUAAAAAAAACCCCCAAAAAAAAAAAAAUUUUUUUAAAAAAAAAAAAAAUUUUUUAAAAAAAAAAAAAAGGGGGGGGGAAAAAGGGGGGAAAAGGGGGGGGGGGCCCAAAAGGGGGGGGGGGGAAAAAAAAGGGGGUUUGGGGUAAAAAAAAAAUUUUAAAAAGAAAAAAAAGGAAAGGCAAUUAAUUUAAUUUUUAAAAAAAGGCCCCUUUUAAAAAAAUUGGGGGGGGGAGAGCCCUGCCCAGGAAUUUUUUUUUAAAAAAAGAAGGGUGGGGGGGCCCAAAAAAAACCCCCCCGGGGGGGGGGAAAUUAAAACCCCCCCCUUUCCAAAAAAAAAAAAAAAAAAAAAAAAAAAAAAAGGGGGAAAAAAAAAAAGGGGAAAAAAAGGGGAAAAACCCCCCUAAACCCCCCCCCCCGGGGGCCCCCCCCCCCCCCUUUUUUAAAAAAAAUUUUUUUUUUAAAAAAGGGGCCCCAAACCCCCCGGUUUUUUUUAAGGCCCAAAAACCCCCCCCCUUUUCCCCUUUUUUGGGGUUUUUUGGGGGGCCCCCGGGGAAAAAUUUGGGGUUUUGGGGAAAAAAAAAACCCCCAAGGGAAUUAAAUAAAAAAUUUUUUGGGGGGGAAAAAAAAAACCCCGGGGGGGGAAAAAACCCCCAAACCCCCCCUUUUCCCCUUUUUUUGGGGGGGGGGGGGAAAAAAAAAAAAAAUUUUUUUGGGGUAAAAAGGGGGGUUUUUUUUCCCCCCGGGGGGGGGGGGGGCCCUCCCCCCCCCUUUUUUUGGGGGGGUUUCCCCGAAAAAAAAAAUUUUUAAAAAAAAAGAAAAAAUUUUUUUUUUUUAAAAAGGGGGGAAAAAAGGGGGGGGGGGGUUUUUUUGGGGUUCCCAAAAAAAGGGGUUUGGCCCAAAAAAGGGGGUUUAAAAAAAAAAAAUUUUUUUUUUUUGGGCCUUUUUUUAAAUUUUUUUUCCCCCCUUUUUUUGGGGGCCCCCCCCCAAAAAAAAAAGGGAAAAACGGGCCUUUAAAAAAAAAAAAAUUUUUUUUUUUAAAAUUGGAAAGGGUUUUUAAAAAAGGGGGGUUUGGAAAAAAAUUUUUUUAAAAAAAACCCCCCCCUUUUUUUUUUCCCCCUUGGGGGAAAAAAUUUUUUAAAGGGGAAAAAAGGUUAAAAAGGGUUUUUCCCCCCCAAAAAUUUUGGGGUUUUUUAAAUUUUUUUUUUUUCCAAAAAAAAAAAAACCCCCCCCAACCCUUUUUAAAUUUAAAAACCCCCCCCCCCAAAAAGGGGGGCCCCUUUUCAAAAGGGGGUUUUUUUUUUUCCCCGGGUUUUGGGGCCCCCCCCCUUUUUUUUUUUUUAAAAAAAACCCCCCAAAAAAACCCCCUUUUCCCCCCCCCAACCCCCCUUUUUUUUUGGGGGGAAAAAAAGGGGGAAAAUUUUUAAAAACCCCCCCCUUUUGGGGAAAUUUUAAAAUUCCUUUUAAAACCCCCCUUUUGGGGGGUUUUUUUUUUUUGGGGGGGGGUUUUUUUUUUUUUUAAAAAAAAAUUUUUCCCCCCCGGGGCCCUUCUUUCUUCCCCCUUUCCCCCUUUUUUCCCCCCCCCGGGUUUUUUCCCCCUUUUUUCCCUUUUUUUUUUUAAAAAACCCGGGGCCCUUUGGCCCCAAAAAAAAGGGGGGCCCCCUUUAGGCCCCCCCCCAAAUUUUUUUGGGUUUUAAAAAAAAUUUGGGGAAAAGGGGGUUUUUUUCCCCCCAAAAAAAAACCCCCCCCCAAAAAAAACCAAAAGGGGGGAAGGGGGGGUUGGGGGGGGGGUUUUUUUUUUUUUUUAAAAAUUUUUAAAAAAAAAAAAAAAAGGGGGGAUUUUUUCCCAAAUGCCUCGCAAAAAAGGCCCCUUUUGGUAAAAUUAAAAGGCAAAUAACUUUAAGAGAUCAAGUAUUAAAGGAAAACCCCCCCAAAAAAACUACAUUUUGGGGUAUUUUUUCCCCUUAUCCUUGUUGAGAAAAUGCUCCCCCCGGCAUAUUCUGUAUUUUAAAAAUUUAGAUACAGUACCAGUCAAAAGUUUAGACACACCUAUUCACUCAAGGGUUUUUCUUUAUUUUUAUGAUUUUAUACAUUGUAGAAUAAUAGUGAAGACAUCAAAACUAUGAAAUAACACAUAUGGAAUCAUGUAGUAACCAAAAAAGUGUAUUUUAUAUUUGAGAUUGAAAAAUGUAUGCACUCACUAACUGUAAGUCGCUCUGGAUAAGAGCUUCUGCUAAAUGACUAAAAUGUAAAAUGUAAAUGUAAAUAGCCACCAUUUGCCUUGAUGGCAGCUUUGCACACUCUUGGCAUUCUCUCAACCAGCUUCACCUGGAAUGCUUUUUCCAACAGUCUUGAAGGAGUUCCCACAUAUGCUGAGCACUUAUUGGCUGCUUUUUCUUCACUCUGCGGUCCGACUCAUCCCAAACCAUCUCAAUUGGGUUGAGGUCGGCGGAUUGUGGAGGCCAGGUCAUCUGAUGCAGCACUCCAUCCCUCUCCUUGUUGGUAAAAUAGCCCUUACACAGCCUGGAGAUGUGUUGGAUAAUUGUCCUAUUGAAAAAAAAAUUAUAGUCCCACUAAGCCCAAACCAGAUGGGAUGGCGUAUUGCUGCAGAAUGCUGUGGUAGCCAUGCUGGUUAAGUGUGCCUUGAAUUCUAUAUAAAUCACAGACAAUGUCAACAGCAAAGCACCCCCACACCAUAACACCUCCUCCUUCAUGCUUUACGGUGGGAAAUACACAUGCAGAGAUCAUCCGCUCACCCACACCGCGACUCACAAAGCCACGGCGGUUGUAACCAAAAAUCUCAAAUUUGGACUCCAGACCAAAGGACUCAUUUCCACCGGUCUAAUGUCCAUUGCUCGUGUUUCUUGGCUGAAGCAAGUAUAUUCUUCUUAUUGGUGUCCUUUGGUAGUGCUUUCUUUGCAGCAAUUCGACCAUGAAGGCCUGAUUCACACAGUCUCCUCUGAACAGUUCAUGUUGAGAUGUGUCUGUUACUUGAACUCUGUGAAGCAUUUAUUUUGGCUGCAAUUUCUGAGAACGGUAACUCUAUUGAACUUAUCCUCUGCAUCUGAGGUAACUCUGGGUCUUCCAUUCCUGUGGCGGUCCUCAUGAGAGCCAAUUUCAUCAUAGCGCUUGAUGGUUUUUGCGACUGCACUUGAAGAAACUUUCAAAGUUCUUGAAAUUCUCCGUAUUGAAUGAUCUUCAUGUCUUAAAGUAAUGAUGGACGGUUGUUUCUCUUUGCUUAUUUGAGCUGUUUUUGCCAUAAUAUGGACUUGGUAUUUUACCAAAUAGGGCUAUCUUCUGUAUACCCCCCCCCCCCCCCCCCCCCCCCCCCCCCUACCUUGUCACAACACAACUGAUUGGCUCAAACGCAUUAAGAAGGAAUGAAAUUCCACAAAUUAACUUUUAAGAAGGCACACCUGUUAAUUGAAAUGCAUUCCAGGUGACUACCUCAUGAAGCUGGUUGAGAGAAUGCCAAGAGUGUGCAAAGCUGUCAUCAAGGCAAAGAAAGGGUGGCUAUUUUAAGAAUCUCAAAUAUAAAAUAUAUUUUCAUUUUUUUAACACCUUUUUGGUUACUACAUGAUUCCAUAUGUGUUAUUUCAUAGUUUUGAUGUCUUCACUAUUAUUCUACAAUGUAGAAAAUAGUAAAAAAUCUAGAAAAAUCCUGGAAUGAGUAGGUGUGUCCAAACUUUUGACUGGUACUGUAUAUAACAUUAACAUACUGUUGACACGUAGUCUAUGGUGUAAUGGAAUAUUUUGCCUUGUGUGGUAGGUUUUGUGCGUUUUGACAGUCUUAUGUAGGUGUCAUAACCAGCCAUAAAAUAAUGCAAUAUACUGUAUGUCACAACAGGUCUAAAUAUAUGUGUCAUGGAUAUAAUAACAGGUUAUGACACGUUAUGUCAGCUGUUAUGACAUAUUAUGACAUGGUUAUGACUGUAACGUGUUAUGAUGCUGGGUGUCAAGUCUUACUAAAUUUGUUUCCUCACCCAUCUACACACAAUACCCCAUAAUGACAAAGUGAAAACAUGUUCUUAGAAAAAUUUGCACAUUUAUUGAAAAUGGAAUGCAGAAAUAUCAAAUUUACAUAAGUAUUCACAUGCCUGAGUCAAUGCUGUGUAGAAGCACCUUUGGCACCUUACAGCUGUGAGUCAUUCUGGGUAAGUCUCUAAGAGCUUUCCACAGCUGGAUUGUGCAACAUUUGCCACUUAUUCUUUUCAGAAUUCGUCAAGCUCUGUCAAAUUGGUUGUUGAUCAUUGCUAGACAGCCAUAGAUUUUCAAGAAUAUUUAAGUCAAAACUGCAGCUUGGCCACUCAGGAACAUUCACUGUCUUCUUGUUAAGCAACUCCAGUGUAUAUUUGGCCUUGUAUUUUAGGUUAUUGUCCUGCUGAAUGGAGAAUUUGUCUCCUAGUGUCUGUAAGAAAGCAGACUGAACCAGGUUUUCCACUAGGAUUUUGCCUGUACUAGCUCUAUUCCAUUUCUUUGUAUCCUAAAAAACACCCUAGUCCUUGCAAAUGACAAGCAUAUGAUGCAGCAAAAAUAUAAAUUCCACUUUGACAUUAUGGGGUAUUGUAUGUAGGCCAUUGACAAAAAAUGUAUGUUUAAUCCAUUUUAAAUUCAGGCUGUAACACAACAAAAUGUGGAAAAGUCAAGGGGUGUGAAUACUUUCUGACAGCACUCUGUAUAUGUAUAUACCUUUACGUGUCAUAGAGGAAAUAUUAUACAGAUGGGAUCUCCCUUUCAGCUCCAUACCACAGUCAGUCAAAAAACGAUAUUAUUCUGGUCACAGUUUCCUGCUGGCCUAAGCUAAAGUCGUGGUCCUCUGUAGCUCAGCUGGUAGAGCACGGCGCUUGUAACGCCAAGGUAGUGGGUUCGAUCCCCGGGACCACCCAUACACAAAAAAAAUUAUGCACGCAUGACUGUAAGUCGCUUUGGAUAAAAGCGUCUGCUAAAUGGCAUAUUAUUAUUAUUACCAGAUUUGAUCAGCUAUGCUCCUCCCAGAGUAAUUGGGUGUGAACUCAAGAGAUUUGACUUGUAAAGGCUCUUUCAGGCUGGUCUAUUCCUGGGCCCAGAUUCACAAAACACUUCUUACUCAAAAACGGAAGAAGAUUUGUGAGAAACAAUAUGAGAAGUUUAUAAGUGCAAUUCCUCAAACAUUUCUUAACAUGAUUUUCUUACAAACUUCUUAACUAUCUACGAUAGGGUAAUUCAGAAAGCUGAUUGAGGACCUAAUUACUGAUGAAUGUGUUUGUUUUUUAUGACCGUGUUUUUCUGUUUUUCUGCUUGCAUUUUGUAUUUAUGUUUUGAUAUGUGUAUCUUCGGUAAUUUCUGUAAUUCAGGGCUCACAUGUAAAAGAGACAUUGGUCUCAGUAUGGCUCCCUGCUAAAAAGUUAAGGUUAAAUAAAAAUAAAUAAAAUAUUAUUGUCCCUAGGCAACCGAGCUAGCUAACUAUCAAGCUAGCAAUUGCAAUGGAACAAAAAAUAGUCCCCUCAAAAAAAAUCUAAAGGUGGUUUGUUCUGAAGUGUCUGUCCUAUAUCUGAAAGAUACUGUAUGAUCCGGAUGUUUUUUUUUUUUUUUUUUACAUGAAUUUAACCCCCAUUCAUUUUUUCAACUGGUACCGGGGGACCUUCAGACGAGUCUUGUGAGGCAUAUGGGGGUCCUAGAGCUAAAUAACCGACAUGUACAUGUUUGUGAGAGUCUCACCUUUCCACAGAGGGGUCAUACUAGCCCAAACUGUUCAGACGCUACAGACAGAAGUUGGCAGAUCGGCUGUACCGACUUCAGACGAGUCCCAAGACGAUUGUGGGGGUCAUAGAGCAAAACGGAGAACACCAUCGUUUUCGUGAGAGUCACAUCUUUCCAUAGAGUUUGUAGGUCAUUCAGCCACUACAGACAAUCGGUGAGAAGACCGAUUCUCGGGAUGUCACAUAGUCUGACAAACACCGCUCUAGCUCUGCAACCUUUCACCACAGAUAGUGCGAAAUCAGCUGAUGCGGUGGAUUGAGAUGCAUCCAAUGCUAAAAAACAGAAAUCUGUAGCUUAAACUGAUGGAUUUUUAUGGGAUUUCUUUAUUAUGCUAAUUCGAUUUCCACCGGGGCGUGGACAUCGACUCUAGGGGGUUUAAACAUGUUCAACUGCUUUCAUUAGCUUAUUCUCUCACUUCCAUGAGUUUAAGACAAGGGUUUAGCUGUCUUGAAAUUGAGUAAAUUUCCAAGACGAAAUCCAGGAACAUUAUUUUCAAUAAUCUAAUUUCUUCAUAACUUAUUUUUUAGGAAGAAACAUAGGAAGAAGCUUAAGAACAUUUCAAAUAACUUUAUUGAGGAAUAGCAACUUUUCGUAGUUUAAGUAUAAACUUAAGGAAAAAAUGGCACUUAUGAAGAAAUGUAUUCUUAAGAAGGUUUUGUGAAUCUGGGCCCUGCUGGUCCUGGAUGCUUUCCUUUCCUGGUGUCUUAUUACCUCCAGGUUUGCACACCAAUUGUGUGAAUUAGAACCUUGACUGAUCUAAUAAACCUUGUAUUAGCUGGUCCAAUUCUAUCAGUCAUUCCUGUGGGUUGAAUAACCUGCUGGGCUGCUGGUGCUACUGAAGCCUGGGGAAAGGAUUGAUCAGCCUGCCCUACUCUACUGUUAGAGGGUAAUGGGAGAUUAUUGUGAGGUGGUUUGCUUUGCCACUGGAGGUGGGAUGAAGUGGUUAGAACAGAACAGAGAAAGUGAUACACCACCUGCUUGAGGGAGCAGGUCUUGUCUAGCUCUUUAGACUUACUGUAGGAAAUAUGUAAAUUGUGGAACACGCUCAAAUACAUGCACAUGCUGUACUAAUUAUACAAAACACACAUCCACAAACACACACACAAAGUUACUGUCUCUUUUAACAUCCCUCUUUUUCUUAUGGUCCCGUUAUCCAUCAUCCUGUCAUAUGUAUUCCCAUCCAUGCAGGUGGGGGGAAAUUGCACUGCAUAACAUUAUACUGCAUACCAUGAGGAAUUGACGUGCUCAAUUCAAAAGGUUGUAGUAAGAAAAUAUGUUUUGGCCGCUGGAUUCAAAAGGCAUAAUUAUACUGAAGGAAAAACCUGCACUCACUGUAAACACUGCAAUAAUUAUACUGCAUACAGUACCACCAGCCCUUAACCUGUCCUCUGUUCUCUCCUUUACCUCCAGGAGUAUUACAGUGCAAUGUAUUGACUUAGGGGUCAAGAACCGUGAUACAUAUAUUUUUGCAAAAGCUUCACAAUGUGAUGCAUAGCAAUGAUACCAUGUUGCACUGUACAGUAUAAUGAAUAGGUACCAGUGCUUACCCUUUCCUCUAUUCUCCUCUCUCCCACCAGGAGUAUCCGCUGCUUGAGGAACAUCAUCCACUGGAACCUGAUCACAGCUUUCAUCCUGAGGAAUGCCACUUGGUUCGUCGUACAGCUCACCAUGAACCCCGAGGUGCAUGAGAGCAAUGUGGUGAGUACAGGGAAGUUAAAUGUACAUCCAUUUCAGGCCACUUUAUAUGCAAUAUACAAAUACAUACAGGUAACUGCCAAAAUAAAGGAAACGCCAACAUAAAGUGGCUUAAUAGGGCGUUGGGCCACCACGAGCCGUCAGAACAGCUUCAACGUGCCUCGGCAUAGAUUCUGCAAAUGUCUGGAACUCUAUUGAGACACCAUUCUUCCACAAGAAAUUACUUAAUUUGGUGUUUUGUUGAUGGUGGUGUGAAACGCUGUCUCAGACGCUGCUCCAGAAUCUCCGAUAAGUGUUUAAAUCUGGUGACUGAGACGACCGUGGCAUAUGGUAAACAUCAUUUUCAUGCUCAUCAAACCAUUCAGUGAUCACUCGUGCCCUGUGGAUGGGGGCAUUGUCAUCCUGGCAGAGACCACUCCCAUCAGGAUAGAAAUUAUUAAUCAUAUUAAUCAUAGAUUGAAGGUGAUCACUCAGAAUGGCUGUGUAUUUAUUGGUGUUUACCUUGGUCUCUAAGGGGUUGAGUGGAUUUAAACCAUGCCAGGAAAAUGCACCCCACACCAUAACAGCUCAAACAACUCAAACAACUCAAGUGUUUCCUUCAUUUUGGCAUGGUUUUACCUGUAUAUAGUUUGCUGUGAUACAAUAAGGGCAAUAAAUUCAUGCAGAUAUGGAAGCACACACACACAUUCAGACUCCCACACACCCACACAAAAAUCCCCACUCUCUCCUUCUAUUACUUUCCCUCUCUCUCCAGGCUCACUAAUGAACACACACACACACACACACACUUUCACUCAUCCAUAUUCUUCCCCUCUCCGAUCGAAUAGGAUUGCAGUUUCCCAGCUAUCAUUUCCAAAACAUCUCCAGGCACACACACACACACACACACACACACACACACACACACACACACACACACACACACACACACACACACACACACACACACACACACACACACACACACACACACACACACACACACACACACUCCUAACUAACUAACAGGCAUUGGAGUACCAUCAUGUCGUCCUGGUUCAUUAUUAAUUGCCCCUCAGCUCGCCUGCCGCUUGACGUUAUUGCUUGUGCAAACAUCCCUCACCGCAGAGAAAAGAGAAGAUGCUCCCUUUUCUUUCCAGCUCUUUCAAUUAGCCUCUGCCACUACUUUAUUAAUUAGCUCAUUAUCCCCUCCGGCCCCCCCAGCCCUCAGAAAUGAAUGAAUCCAACCCCCACUGUCAAUAUCUGACCUAAGAAGACAAACUGAGCGCGCUCAAAGCGACCCAGUCAGUUAGCCCUCCUCCUCCACCGCUUCUUCUUCUAUUCUGAGAAUAAACAAGAUGGCUGCCGUCAGCCAUUAGCCAUGAGAAUUUCUGCUUGUCAGUUGAAAGACGGAGGCUUGACGGCUCGUUUCGUUUAUUAUUUAUGCAAGGUCGUGGAGCGAGCGACCUGCGGAGGAACACAGCGCAGUACAUAAGUCAGGGCUAAUAGGUAAUACAGUGGGGGAAAAAAGUAUUUAGUCAGCCACCAAUUGUGCAAGUUCUCCCACUUAAAAAGAUGAGAGAGGCCUGUAAUUUUCAUCAUAGUCAACUAUGACAGACAAAUUGAGAAAAACAAAUCCAGAAAAUCACAUUGUAGGAUUUUUUAUGAAUUUAUUUGCAAAUUAUGGUGGAAAAUAAGUAUUUGAUCACCUACAAACAAGCAAGAUUUCUGGCUCUCACAGACCUGUAACUUCUUCUUUAAGAGGCUCCUCUGUCCUCCACUCGUUACCUGUAUUAAUGGCACCUGUUUGAACUUGUUAUCAGUAUAAAAGACACCUGUCCACAACCUUAAACAGUCACACUCCAAACUCCACUAUGGCCAAGACCAAAGAGCUGUCAAAGGACACCAGAAACAAAAUUGUAGACCUGCACCAGGCUGGGAAGACUGAAUCUGCAAAAGGUAAGCAGCUUGGUUUGAAGAAAUCAACUGUGGGAGCAAUUAUUAGGAAAUGGAAGACAUACAAGACCACUGAUAAUCUCCCUCGAUCUGGGGCUCCACGCAAGAUCUCACCCCGUGGGGUCAAAAUGAUCACAAGAACGGUGAGCAAAAAUCCCAGAACCACACGGGGGGACCUAGUGAAUGACCUGCAGAGAGCUGGGACCAAAGUAACAAAGCCUACCAUCAGUAACACACUACACCGCCAGGGACUCAAAUCCUGCAGUGCCAGACGUGUCCCCCUGCUUAAGCCAGUACAUGUCCAGGCCCGUCUAAAGUUUGCUAGAGUGCAUUUGGAUGAUCCAGAAGAGGAUUGGGAGAAUGUCAUAUGGUCAGAUGAAACCAAAAUAGAACUUUUUGGUAAAAACUCAACUCGUCGUGUUUGGAGGACAAAGAAUGCUGAGUUGCAUCCAAAGAACACCAUACCUACUGUGAAGCAUGGGGGUGGAAACAUCAUGCUUUGGGGCUGUUUUUCUGCAAAGGGACCAGGACGACUGAUCUGUGUAAAGGAAAGAAUGAAUGGGGCCAUGUAUCGUGAGAUUUUGAGUGAAAACCUCCUUCCAUCAGCAAGGGCAUUGAAGAUGAAACGUGGCUGGGUCUUUCAGCAUGACAAUGAUCCCAAACACACCGCCCGGGCAACGAAGGAGUGGUUUCGUAAGAAGCAUUUCAAGGUCCUGGAGUGGCCUAGCCAGUCUCCAGAUCUCAACCCCAUAGAAAAUCUUUGGAGGGAGUUGAAAGUCCGUGAUGCCCAGCGACAGCCCCAAAACAUCACUGCUCUAGAGGAGAUCUGCACGGCGGAAUGUGCCAAAAUACCAGCAACAGUGUGUGAAAACCUUGUGGAGACUUACAGAAAACGUUUGACCUGUGUCAUUGCCAACAAAGGGUAUAUACAAAGUAUUUAAGAAACUUUUGUUAUUGACCAAAUACUUAUUUUCCACCAUCAUUUGCAAAUUAAUUAAUUUAAAAUCCUACAAUGUGAUUUUCUGGAGAAAAAAAAUCUACUUUUGUCUGUCAUAGUUGACGUGUACCUAUGAUGAAAAUUACAGGCCUCUCUCAUCUUUUUAAGUGGGAGAGCUUGCACAAUUGGUGGCUGACUAAAUACUUUUUUUCCCCACUGUAUGUUAAAGGGCAACAGAACAAGUCAAAGGUUUUCAGAUCAUAAAUGUAUAAAUGGAUUGCUUUGGGGAGGUUUUGGGUGGGGUUAAUGAAAGAUCAAUUACUUACUGAUUAGGUUUCAUUCUGUUGUUGUCAUAGUUUUUUUUCUUAGACCACAUUCCAUUGACAGGAACAUUUGGAGAAUACAAAAUGUAUGAAAUGUUAGAGACUGGUAUUCUUUUAGGGCUAUAUAAUGACUGUGUCCGAAAUCUGGCUUGCCGACUACUUACAGUGCAGUCGGAAAGUAUUCAGACCCCUUGACUUUUACACAUUUUGUUACGUUACAGCCUUAUUCUAAAAUUAAUUAAAUAGUUUUUUUCCCCCUCAUCAAUCUACACACAAUACCCCAUAAUGACAAAGCAAAAACAGGUUUUUAGAAAUGUUUGCAAAUGUAUUAAAGAUAAAAAAUGGAAAUAUCACAUUUACAUAAGUAUUCAGACCCUUUACUCAGUACUUUGUUGAAGUACCUUUGGCAGCGAUUACAGCCUAGUCUUCUUGGGUAUGAUGCUACAAGCUUGGCACACCUGUAUUUGGGGAGUUUCUCCCUUUGUUUUCUGCAGAUCCUCUCAAGCUCUGUCAGGAUGGAUGGGGAUCGUCGCUGCACAGCUAUUUUCAGGUCUCUUCAGAGAUGUUAGAUCGGGUUCAAGUCCGGGCUCUGGCUGGGCCACUCAAGGACAUUCAGAGACUUGUCCCGAAGCCACUCCUGCGUUGUUUUGUCUGCGUGCUUAGGGUCAUUGUCCUGAACCUUUGCCCCAGUCUGAGGUCCUGAGCACUCUGGAGCAGGUUUUCAUCAAGGAUCUCUCUGUACUUUGCUCAUCUUUCCCUCGAUCCUGGCUAGUCUCCCAGUCCCUGCCGCUGAAAUUCAUGGAUCCUUCUAUUAAGGCAAGUCAUCCAGGUCCUGAGGCAGCAAAGCAUCCCCAAACCGUCACACUACCACCACCAUGCUUGACCGUUGGUAUAAGGUUCUUACUUUUUUUGCAAGGCAUAAUGGGACCCAUGUCGUCCAAGCUAUAAUUUUCUUGUUUUUUCUUGUCCUUGGUACACUGGGUUCCCCCUGCGAAUAUAGAGGGGGCCGUUGUGCGUCAGUGGCGGGGAUGUCAGGGCGGUAACGAUAUCACGCUAUCACACUCAACCACGGCCCCACUUCACUGAUCAUACUGGGAGUCUCUCACCCUCAAUGGGUCGAUUAGAGCAGAGGCUAGAAAAAAUGGAGAGUUGUGAAUGAAUUGCAAUCCUGAUUUGACAGCUGCCCUGACAUGCCUUUAGACUACACAAGGGGUAGUGUGGAGGGAAUUGGAAAGGGACACUUGGGAUCUUAGCCCAAAUACACUGAGAUUGCUGGCUGUAGAGUCUCAUUUUCUGUGUGACUUUGUGAUGAUUUGAUGGGUAGUACCGACUCAUGGAGUCUGUUGGUAAGUCCUUGAAGUAAGUGGGGUGAGACUGUGAAGCUAGACAAGGAGGCAAGAUAAAAUGAGAGUCAAUGACACUUUCAUAUUGAAUACAGAUUUUUCCCACUCAGGACAUUACUCUAUUAUUUUCACUAGGUACAAUAUGGAGGACACCUGUGCGAAGUAGGCACAUAAUUAUGAUGACAGUUAGUUCAGCCAUCAAGCUGCCUUUUCCCCUGCACUAUUCAAUGGGCAAUGAGCAGAUAGUUGGAUGGUAGCUUGACGUUUUGAAUAACUACCUGAACAAAUGCUGAAUUAAAUGAUUUUUUCUUAUUGUGGUGGAAAGGAGGUAAAUAACACCUGAUUUGGAACGACUCCUUGUUUUGAUUGUGACCCAAGGCCACUCCCCACCUGCAUGACAAUAAGGAGUUCGUCUUACAUUUGUCAGGGACUUUUCAUGAAACUACUAUUCUUGAACACUUAGACAACACAUUCAUCACAGGCCUUCAAAGGCCUUCAGAGAUGCACUUUGCUACUUUUGAACAAACGCCAAAGGGGAGCAUCUCCCCCCUCCUUCCGAACUGAUGUCAUCACCCAAUGAGUCGUCUCACCUCCGUCUUCAGGGAGAGAUUAAGGACUGACAGAUCUCCUGUCUCAUCUCCCAGCUGUAGACACCUAGUCCAGACUGAUGAGUAGCGCUCAGAGGGCUGUAACCCCAGCCGGGCCUCUACUCACCUCCCAAAAUACAAUCUUGGAGUAGAAAAGUACACAUUUCGGACAGCAGUGUAGGUGUAUCUGGUGGUGCAACUCGCAACACUCCCCCAAGUGCCAUUCUCGGACUCUCUCAAUCCCAAGUAACACUCCCAAGUGACUCUCAAUGAUCUGGUCUCAAUUGUCAAAGAAGAUAGAGGUUGAAGUGUUAGAAGUGGCAUACAGAUGUGUACUAUCUUAAGUUGACCAGUUUCUCACAGCAGGAAAAUAAUCCUGCAGCAACAGGGAAUGUGAAUUAUUAUGUGGAUUUCAAUUAAUGGACAUUUGUGUAGGUGUUGAUAAAUGUUUCUUUAAGGCAAAUAGUUUGACAUUUCAAGUGGAAAUUGCUAACUUUAGAACCCUUUUUAAACCUCGAAUACACUACAAUUAGCAUUUUCUGCUGCGCAGGAAAAUUCUCUGCGACAACAGAGUGAUCAAAUUAAUAUAGCACAUCUAUAUUGACUUUGGAUUGAGAGGUAUUGUCAGUGUUGGAUGAUUCAGAUUGUCGUAGACCAUGGGAAUUGAGAGCUAUGAUGCAGUUUAACAAGUAAUGCAGGAGGUCAAAUCUGCCAUUCUUAAACUGCCACAGUGAACUUUGUUUGCCAGACAUCUGCCUAAGAACCAGUCCCAAACUGGAAACAUUCAGAGAGUCCUUUUGACACUACUCCGAGCAUGAUAGAGAAGCUCAAACAAAUAAUAAUAAUCAAAUAAUGAUCGCAAGGUGGAGUUUCACUCUCAGAUUGAGUGUUUUUAGAGAGACUACCCACUGGGCACACACUGGUUGAAUCAAUGUUGUUUCCACGUCAUUUCAAUGAAAUUACAUUGAACCGAUGUGAAAUAUAGAUGUUGAAUUGACGUCUAUGCCCAGUGGGUAGGGGCGAAUAGGAACGAAAGUAACACUUUUAAUUUUUUUCCUAAUUACUCAGAGAUCGAUAGAGCUAGAGACACCAUAUUUUAUGGCAAACAACUUAUACAUGUCCUCUACCGUUAGCAACUGUAAUUUCAUUUCUAGGGUAAAUUAGUUGAAAUUAAAUAGACUGAGAACAGAACUACCGCAACGUUACUUUUUUAUACCUGCCGGCGGGGCGGGAGUAACACAGCCUUGGGAAGGAAGUAACAGCUGGGGAGAAGUGCACAAUAUCUGUCUUAUCUCCAUGUUUCUGGUUUGUAAUGCUCAUUACUUUUAACAAAUAUACUAUCAGACAUAAUUUAAUGUUUGUGUCGAUUUGAAUAAUUAAUGCUAUAGGUUCAUAAUUUAUGAAAAUUAACCAUGCGUCAAUAUUGCAAUGUUGCGCAACCACAAUAUUUUGCCUUACAAUAUUAAUCUGACUAAAAUGGAUCACAUAAUAGCUAUAUUAACCAUCAUUUUCUUAUCUCACUUUAAUGGGAAUGUAGUAGGAGAUAUUCUUCACCAUUUUCAAUGACUAUUCAUGCUUAAAUCAAAUAAAAUAAAAUGUCAUUGGUCGCAUACACAUAUUUAGCAGAUGUUAUUGUGGGUGUAUCGAAAUACUUGUGUUUCUAGCUCCAAGUAUUUCUAGCUCCGACAGUGCAGUAAUAUCUAACAAUAUACAACAAUACACACAAAUCUACUUCCGCCCUGUGUUACUUUCGUCCCGGCUCUCCUUCAGAAGCUGCAGCCCUGCCUUACUCCCCCUCCUUGAUCUCAUUACAUGUCCAUAAAGAACCAGGGCUGCAUCCGAAAUGGCACCCUAUUCCCUAUAUAGUGCACUACUUUUCCAACAGGCAACAAUCCCCUAAGGAGUGAGGAAAGGGAACCAGUUGUGCCUUUACAGCUCUCACUUUUUAGUUUUUACUAGCCUUUUUUCUUGUUCUUUCCUUCCUAUCUAUAAAAGUUGUGGUGCCGGCUUGUCACGGCAGCCUAUAAUUAUUUCCACGUGACAAACUUCUUCUGGAUGUUUGGGGAGGGCUGCUACCUGCAUACAGCCAUCGUGCUCACCUAUUCCACGGACAAGCUGCGCAAGUGGAUGUUCAUCUGCAUCGGGUGGUGUGAGUAGCCUACACUUAGUUAAUCAAAUGAAAGACGGAUGUGCGUUGAUUGAUUAGUUUGACUGAUCACAAAGAAUGUAAGUCAACUGUAACAGAGACUAUGUGUGAUGUUUUACAGGUAUCCCUCUUCCAAUCAUCAUUGCGUGGGCCAUUGGCAAGCUUUACUACGACAACGAAAAGUAAGCGCAUGUAUUUUUCUCUAUAUGCACUCACUAACUGUAAGUCGCUCUGGAUAAGAGCGUCUGCUAAAUGACUAAAAUGUAAAAAUUUAAAUGUAAUGUCCCUGUGGUAUCCAUUUGUCUUUGGAGUCAGGCAACAAUGUUGUCCGUGCUCCCCUCAGACCCAUCAGAGUGAUAAUUGUAGUGGAUGAAAGAAGGAUGUCGCCCAAUCAUCUCCUUAAUUGUACUUUCUGCCAGGUCAUUAAAUGAUCGAUUCAUCCUAAUUUUAAGGGAGUCUUGGUGAACCUGUAACCUAUAAUUGCUCUGCAUACAGAAUAGCAGGUUGAUGUUUAUUGUCAUGAGUCUUGUCCUGGUGGCAGAACUGAGCGAUUUCCCCAAUCAACUGCUCUCUGCUGUCAAAGAUAUCAAUCUGAUUUAAAUGCUUAUUUUAUAGCAAGGCCCUUCAUCAUAACUCAGUAGCCUUGUGGUUAGAGUGUCCACCCUUCGAUUGGAAGGUUGGGAAUUUGAUCCUCAGCCGAAACAUACCAAAGAAUAUAAAAAUGGGACCUGAUGCGUCUCUGUUUUGCGCUCAGCAUUAAGGAGAUUGAGGAAAAAAAAAAAAAAUGAUUUUUUCACAAAAGUAGUGCACUGGGCCUUUAAUAGUCCUGUAUUAGCGGACCAAUAUAGCCGUCUGCAGCGCGGGUAAAAACGUAUUCCCCCGUCCGUCCGUCCGUCCGUCGAAUAAUAAAAUCGCAGCACCCCCACCCCCAAACUACUUCCCGCUGCUAUGGUUAAGGCCCUGCGACAGACUAGCGUCCUGUCCGGGGGGUGUACUCACGCUACAGAAUCAGGACGUAUGCUCCUGCUCCUAUGAGCUGUCCCAGCUUGUGCAAGGCUACUUAUUUAUUCCAUCUUAAACCUGACUUGAAAUAGCCUAAGCAAACAUACUCCACAUGCUUUCCCAUUCUCUGACAUUCUGCUCUCUAAUACAAUCAGACAACACUCAUGGUAGAGUUGAAAGUUCUUCACUCAACCAGCUAGUUGGAUGGGGGGCAUCAGUUUCAUUAAUGCUACACCAGGAACCUGACAGUUUCCACUCUAUCACAUCGGAGGCUCCCGCUUACACAGGGGUUGCUGUGAUAUCCACCCUCCGAAACCUGUUAGCUUGUUUUUCAUUAUGCUCAGCGGGGCGAAAACAAACUUCUAUCCAGACACAGUUCCUCCUAAGCUAAGCCCUCUACUUUUUUUCACCUCUCUCUCUCUCUCUCUCUCUCUCUCUCUCUCUCUCUCUCUCUCUCUCUCUCUCUCUCUCUCUCUCUCUCUCUCUCUCUCUCUCUCUCUCUCUCAACAAGGUGAAGACAGAACAAAUGAAUAAUUCACUCCACUGAACUGAGUCUGUAGAGUUAGUGAAUCUGGAGCAUCUCAUACCCUGGGAGAGCGUCUUCAUGUCCUUUUUUCACCCCUUUGUUUUUACAGCAAAGUGGAUGUAAUUCCACAAAUUAUUUGUUUUAGGUGUUUUCUACUGCUAGAAGGGAGUGCUGUACUUUACAAAGGCCUCUCUUAUUCUCUGCCAGUACUGGCUUUGAUAGGCUAAGCCCUCUCACCCACCUCUGAUAUGAAUUAAUGUGAUUGGCCGAGGCCCAUGCUCGUUUUAGUCAACUAUAAAAAAUUGUUGGGAAAGGUCCCGCAGUUUGCUUUGUCAUCGAAUACAUUUGAUUGGUUGACCUUCUGACAUCGGCCACUAUGAUUGGCUCAACUCUCUGUGUUCUAAAUUACAGGUGCUGGUUUGGGAAGAAGGCAGGAGUGUACACAGAUUACAUCUACCAGGGCCCAAUGAUCCUGGUGUUGCUGGUAAGACAGUGUUACACAAAAUAUUUUUUACAUUUCUCCAUAUUUCUCCUCCUAGUAUAGACAUUUAUAGACAUAGUGUUCUAGCCUUGUCCUUUUUAGGUUUUCCUACAUCCAUGACCAAGCUCUUCCCCUUUACACUUUCCUCUAACUGUGCUUGAAUUUACAGCACAUCGCAGUUAGGAACACUGCCAAAAUAACAUUACUGUGCACUCAAGCGGAAAUUGUGUUUCAAGGUCAAGUAGUUGCUUCAAAACAAACAGUAGAAAGGUCAUUGACAUUCAAUGGUGUGUGAACUUUAUAAAGCAGCCUUCCAACGCACACACUCACUGACAUACUGUAAUACCAUCAUGUGAAGCUAUUUGAACGAAGUGACACCUACUACAAAUAUGCAGAACUGACAGGGUCAUUUGGAAUGAAUAUGAUGUAUGAUGAAUAUGUAUGAAUAGUAUAUGAUUUGCAGCAUGCUAAACUGUAACUGUUUUAGCUCAGCUUGACAAUCUUAACACGUACAGGUUGAAGUCGGAAGUUUACAUACACUUAGGUUGGAGUCAUUAAAACUUGUUUUUCAACCACUCCACAAAUGUUUUGUUAACAAACUAUAGUUCUGGCAAGUCGGUUAGGACAUCUACUUUGUGCAUGACACAAGUAAUUUUUCCAACAAUUGUUUACAGACAGAUUAUUUCACUUAUAAUUCACUGUAUCACAAUUCCAGUGGGUCAGAAGUUUACAUAAAGACUGUGCCUUUAAACAGCUUGGAAAAUUCCAGAAAAUGAUAUCAUGGCUUUAGAAGCUUCUGAUAGGCUAAUUGACAUUGUUUGAGUCAAUUGGAGGUGUACCUGUGGAUGUAUUUCAAGGCCUACCUUCAAACUCAGUGCCUCUUUGCUUGACAUCAUGGGAAAAUCAAAAGAAAUCAGCCAAGACCUCAGAAAAAAAUGGUAGACCUCCACAAGUCUGGUUCAUCCUUGGGAGCAAUUUCCAAAUGCCUGAAGGUACCACGUUCAUCUGUACAAACAAUAGUACGCAAGUAUAAACACCAUGGGACCACACAGCCGUCAUACCGCUCAGGAAGGAGACGCGUUCUGUCUCCUAGAGAUGAACGUACUUUGGUGCGAAAAGUGCAAAUCAAUCCCAGAACAACAGCAAAGGACCUUGUGAAGAUGCUGGAGGAAACAGGUACAAAAGUAUCUAUAUCCACAGUAAAACAAGUCCUAUAUCGACAUAACCUGAAAGGCCGCUCAGCAAGGAAGAAGCCACUGCUCCAAAACUGCAAUAAAAAAGCCAGACUACGGUUUGCAACUGCACAUGGGGACAAAGAUCGUACUUUUUGGAGAAAUGUCCUCUGGUCUGAUUAAACAAAAAUAGAACUGUUUGGCCAUAAUGACCAUCGUUAUGUUUGGAGGAAAAGGGGGUUGCUUGCAAAUACUAAUUGAGUGUAUGUAAACUUCUGACCCACUGGGAAUGUGAUGAAAGAAAUAAAAGCUGAAAUAAAGAAUUCUCUCUACUAUUAUUCUGACAUUUCACAUUCUUAAAAUAAAGUGGUGAUCCUAACUGACCCAAGACAGGGAUUUUUUACUAGGAUUAAAUGUCAGGAAUUGUGAAAAACUGAGUUUAAAUGUAUUUGGCUAAGGUGUAUGUAAACUUCCGACUUCAACCUGUAUCCCCCUUUUAAAUAUAGUUCAAAUAUGUGACUGUUUUUCUCAUGCCUUCUCCAUUCAUAACUCACCAGUUACUCACACAUAACGUUGGGACAUUAUUUAAAAUAUGAUAUAACCAGCGGGCAACAUUUUAAUGUAAACAAUGUAUUUAUUGAUUUGCCCUUAAAACCUCAGCAGUCAAUCAUCCUAAGACCUUGCUCUGAAGCAUUACAUUUGCUUUUAUUUACUCCUUGUUUUGCAGAUGGUUUUAAUUUUAUCAGAAUUAUGUUUGAGAUGCAGCAUUCAUUGCACAUACAGUGGGGGAAAAAAGUAUUUAGUCAGCCACCAAUUGUGCAAGUUCUCCCACUUAAAAAGAUGAGAGAGGCCUGUAAUUUUCAUCAUAGGUACACAAAAUGAGAAAAAAAAAUCCUGAAAAUCACAUUGUAGGAUUUUUAAUGAAUUUAUUUGCAAAUUAUGGUGGAAAAUAAGUAUUUGGUCAAUAACAAAACUUUCUCAAUACUUUGUUAUAUACCCUUUGUUGGCAAUGGCACAGGUCAAAUGUUUUCUGUAAGUCUUCACAAGGUUUUCACACACUGUUGCUGGUAUUUUGGCCCAUUCCACCAUGCAGAUCUCCUCUAGAGCAGUGAUGUUUUGGGGCUGUCUCUGGGCAACACGGACUUUCAACUCCCUCCAAAGAUUUUCUAUGGGGUUGAGAUCUGGAGACUGGCUAGGCCACUCCAGGACCUUGAAAUACUUCUUAUGAAGCCACUCCUUCGUUGCCCGGGUGGUGUGUUUGUGAUCAUUGUCAUGCUGAAAGACCCAGCCACGUUUCAUCUUCAAUGCCCUUGCUGAUGGAAGGAGGUCUUCACUCAAAAUCUCACGAUACAUGGCCCCAUUCAUUCUUUCCUUUACACGGAUCAGUCGUCCUGGUCCCUUUGCAGAAAAACAGCCCCAAAGCAUGAUGUUUCCACCCCCAUGCUUCACAGUAGGUAUGGUGUUCUUUGGAUGCAACUCAGCAUUCUUUGUCCUCCAAACACGACGAGUUGAGUUUUCACCAAAAAGUUAUAUUUUGGUUUCAUCUGACCAUAUGACAUUCUCCCAAUCUCUUCUGGAUCAUCCAAAUGCACUCUAGCAAACUUCAGACGGGCCUGGACAUGUACUGGCUUAAGCAGGGGGACACGUCUGGCACUGCAGGAUUUGAGUCCCUGGCGGCGUAGUGUGUUACUGAUGGUAGGCUUUGUUACUUUUGGUCCCAGCUCUCUGCAGGUCAUUCACUAGGUCCCCCCGUGUGGUUCUGGGAUUUUUGCUCACCGUUCUUGUGAUCAUUUUGACCCCACGGGGUGAGAUCUUGCGUGGAGCCCCAGAUCGAGGGAGAUUAUCAGUGGUCUUGUAUGUCUUCCAUUUCCUAAUAAUUGCUCCCACAGUUGAUUUCUUCAAACCAAGCUGCUUACCUAUUGCAGAUUCCGUCUUCCCAGCCUGGUGCAGGUCUACAAUUUUGUUUCUGGUGUCCUUUGACAGCUCUUUGGUCUUGGCCAUAGUGGAGUUUGGAGUGUGACUGUUUGAGGUUGUGGACAGGUGUCUUUUAUACUGAUAACAAGUUCAAACAGGUGCCAUUAAUACAGGUAACGAGUGGAGGACAGAGGAGCCUCUUAAAGAAGAAGUUACAGGUCUGUGAGAGCCAGAAAUCUUGCUUGUUUGUAGGUGACCAAAUACUUAUUUUCCACCAUAAUUUGCUAAUAAAUUCAUAAAAAAUCCUACAAUGUGAUUUUCUGGAUUUUCUUUUCUCAAUUUGUCUGUCAUAGUUGACGUGUACCUAUGAUGAAAAUUACAGGCCUCUCUCAUCUUUUUAAGUGGGAGAACUUGCACAAUUGGUGGCUGACUAAAUACUUUUUUCCCCCACUGUACAUCAGUCAAUACACUGUAUCAGCCCAUUAUCAGCCUGAAAACUUGAAACCCUGUGACACUCAUCUUUUCCCAUUGACAACAAUGUAUUGAGAAAAACAUCAGCUACUGUGACAUUUACCUUUCUGCAAACUUCCAGGAUGACAUUUUUCUAUGAUAUCAUGUUGACUGUAUUGAAACACUGUCUAUGUAAAUUAGGCACAAUCCCAAGUGUUUGUCUUUCCCAUGCAGAUUGAACAGAUUUAUAAUCUAUACCACUCAGUAAAAAUGUAGAGAAAAAGGUUUUUUAUAGACUUUAUUUGGCACCGGUAUCCUAUCAUCACUUAAAGCCCAAUACAGUUAUUUCCACCACAGACAAAUAUUGUUUUAUUAAAUGUUUCUCUCUCCUAAUUGACCUAUGUAAAUCUUCUCUAAAUUCUUAUUUUCCCUCCUGUUCUCAGAUCAACUUUAUAUUCCUCUUCAACAUUGUGAGAAUCCUCAUGACAAAGCUGAGAGCCUCCACCACCUCAGAGACAAUACAGUACAGGUGAGCCAGGACCAGGUUCCCAAAUGUUCCCCUAUUCCCUCGACAGUGCAUUACUUUUGACCAGGCCCCCAGGGUAGUGCUCUACAGUGCCUUGCAAAAGUAUUCAUCCCCCUUGGUGUUUUUCCUAUUUUGUAUCAUUACAACCUGUAAUUUAAAUUGAUUUUUAUUUGGAUUUCAUGUAAUGGACAUACACAAAAUAGUCCAAAUUGGUGAAGUGAAAUGAAUAAAAAAACUUGUUUAAAGAAAUUAUACAAAAUAAAUAACGGGAAAGUGGUGUGUGCAUAUGUAUUCACCCCCUUUGCUAUGAAGCCCCUAAAUAAGAUCUGGUGCAACCAAUUACCUUCAGAAGUCACAUAAUUAGUUAAAUAAUUAUUUUUAAAAAAUAUCAGAAACUUUGAACAUCCCACGGAGCACCAUUAAAUCCAUUAUUAAAAAAUUGAAAGAAUAUGGCACCACAACAAACCUGCCAAGAGAGGGCCGCCCACCAAAACUCAUGGACCAGGCAAGGAGGGCAUUAAUCAGAGAGGCAACAAAGAGACCAAAGAUAACACUGAAGGAGCUGCAAAGCUCCACAGCGGAGAUUGGAGUAUCUGUCCAUAGGACUACUUUAAGCCGUACACUCCACAGAGCUGGGCUUUACGGAAGAGUGGCCAGAAAAAAGCCAUUGCUUAAAGAAAAAAAUAAGCAAACAUGUCUGGUGUUCACCAAAAGGCAUGUGGGUGACUCCCCAAACAUAUGGAAGAAGGUACUCUGGUCAGAUGAAACUAAAAUGUAGCUUUUUGGCCAUCAAGGAAAAAGCUAUGUCUGGCGCAAACCCAACACCUCUCAUCACCUCGAGAACACCAUCCCCACAGUGAAGCAUGGUGGUGGCAGCAUUAUGCUGUGGGGAUGUUUUUCAUCGGCAGGGACUGGGAAACUGGUCAGAAUUGAAGGAAUGAUGGAUGGCGCUAAAUACAGGGAAAUUCAUGAGGGAAACCUGUUUCAGUCUUCCAGAGAUUUGAGACUGGGACAGAGGUUCACCUUCCAGCAGGACAAUGACCUUAAGCAUACUGCUAAAGCAACACUCGAGUUGUUUAAGGGGAAACAUUUAAAUGUCUUGGAAUGGCCUAGUCAAAGCCCAGACCUCAAUCCAAUUGAGAAUCUGUGGUAUGACUUAAAGAUUGCUGUACACCAGCGGAACCCAUCCAACUUGAAGGAGCUGGAGCAGUUUUGCCUUGAAGAAUGGGAAAAAAUCCCAGUGGCUAGAUGUGCCAAGCUUAUAGAGACAUACCCCAAGAGACUUGCAGCGGUAAUUGCUGCAAAAGGUGACUCUACAAAGUAUUGACUUUGGGGGGGGUGAAUAGUUAUGCACGCUCAAGUUUUCUGUUUCUUUCUCUUAUUUCUUGUUUGUUUCACAAAAAAAAAUAUUAGCAUCUUCAAAGUGGUAGGCAUGUUGUGUAAAUCAAAUAAUACAAACUCCAAAAAAAUCUAUUUUAAUUCCAGGUUGUAAGGCAACAAAAUAGGAAAAAUGCCAAGGGGGGUGAAUACUUUCGCAAGCCACUGUACCUCCUUGGAUUUCUUCACAUUUUAUUGUUUUACAAAGUGGGAAUAAAAUGUAUUUAAAUGUAAUUUUUUGUCAACUAUCUACACAAAUUACUCUGUAAUGUCAAAUUGGAAGAACAAUUCUAUAUAAAGAUUAAUGAAAGAUAAAAUACCAAUAACCCUUGAUUAAUAUGUAUGUACCCCCUGAGUCAAUACAUGUUAGAAACACCUUUGCCAGCGAUUACAGCUGUGAGCCUUCUUGGUUAAGUCUUAUAAGAGCUUUGCACACCUGUAUUGUACAAUAUUUGCCCAUUAUUAUUUUCAAAAUUCUUCAAGCGCUGUCAAGGUGUUGGAGAUCAUGGCUUGACAGCAAUUUUAAAGUCUUGCCAUAGAUUCUUAAGCAAAACUGUAACUUGACCACUCAGGAACAUUAACUGUCUUCUUGGUAAGCAACUCUAGUGUAGAUUUGGCUUUGUGUUUUAGUCUUCCUAAAAGGUGAAUUCCUCUCCCAGUGUAUGGUGUAAAGCAGACUGAAGCAGGUGUUCCUCUAGGAUUUUGCCUGUGCUUAGCUCCAUCCCAGUCUUUGCCGAUGUCAAGCAUACCCAUACCAUGAUGCGGCCACCACCAUGCUUGAAAAUAAGGAGGCAGUUACUCAGUAUGUGUUGUGUUGGAUUUUCUACAAACAUAAGGCUUUGCAUUUAGGCCAAAAAGUGUAUUCCUUUGCUGUGUUUUUUUUCUUUUCAGUAUUACUUUAGUGCCUUGUUGCAUACAUAUGCAUGUUUUGGAAUAUUUUUUUUUAUUCUGUAUUUGAAUUCUUCUUUUCACUCUGUCAUUUAGGUAAUUCUUGUGGAGUCACUACAAUGUUGUUGAUCCAUCCUCCAUUUUCUCCCAUCACAGACAUUGAACUCUGUAGCUGUUUUAACAUUACCAAUGGCCUCAUGGUAAAAUCCCUAAGCAGUUUCCUUCUUGUCCUGCAGCUCAGUUCAGAAGGACGACUGCAUCUUUGAUGUGUCUGGGUGGUUUAAUACAUCAUCCACAGCAUAAUUAUUAACUUGAUCAUGCUUAAAGAUAUAUUCAAUGUAUGAUUUGUUAUUGUUACCAUCUACCAAUCAUUGCCCUUCUUUAUUAGGCUUUUGAAAAGCAUUUGUCGAAUUUUCUGAUCAAUGACAAAAUUGACUAUUAAAUCUGUUUCAAUCCCACUUUGUAACGCAACAAAAUAUGAAACAAGUUCAAGGGGGUGUAGACUUUCUAUAGGCACUGUAGGGAUUCAUGUGCCAUUUGGGACGUAUCCAGGGUCGGCUGAGCCAGCCCCAGGUGUAAAGUAGACAUCAAUUGGCUGUUAAUUAAUACACUCCCAAGAAACAUCAAUGGCCUCGCUGGAAGAAACCUAAUGAACGAUACCUGUCUGGUUGAAUUGCUAUAAUUGAUUGUUGUGUGGAGGGAGGUGGGGUGGGAGUGUGUGUGCUUGCGCAUGUGUGUGUUUCGCGUGUGUGUGUUCUGCGUGUGUGUGUGCGCACCCAUGCCUGUUUGUGCGCGGGUGCGUGUGUGUGCCUGCAUCAUCAGAAACCCUCACACCUUUCACAUACAGAUCCUGUACACCAGCACUACAGAUUUCCACAGCCGGCUAAAACAACACACCAUGCUGACUAUUCACAAGCCAUAAUCAUUUUCACGCCUUUUUAUUGGUACAGUAAGAUCAGACAGUUUGUCUGACUCCGUGUACAAUGAAACCAGAGUGACAGAGGCUGCAUGGGGUCAUCUGACUGAAAAACAGCCAAGCUAAUAUCCUCGCUCAUUAUUGUAAUUUAAUGGAGUCAUUUCUCAAUCACCCUUCUUAUUGAGCAAAUUCAAUUUGGCCGCACUAAUGUGAUUAUAAAGGCUACAUUCGUUACCCUUCAGCCAGCUUUCAGUCUGCGUCACAAAUGGCACCUUAUUAACUAUAUAGUGCAGGGCCGGCCCUGGUCAAAGGUAGUGCACUAUGUAGAUAAAAAGGGUGCCAUUUUGGACGCAUGCUGUGACCUCACGCCCUUGAGUCUCAGCUAGUGCUCCUCUAUUGGACUGCUGGUCAGCACUUCACUUGUGAUUAAUAAUAUGCUGAUGGUUGAGAGGCCGGUAUGACCUAGAACAUGACCAAGUCAUCAUACAUUAACCCAUUGGUGGGCCAUAUAGCUGGUAUGCACCACAGCAAUGCACUUCCACUGGGAUUCCACUGGGAAAUGGAUGAAUUGAAAGAAUGUGUCAGUGUCACGUUACUUUAGGCCAUGUUAGGAAUUUAAAUGUGUGCUUAAUUCACACAGCCACUGUCUCAUCAUAGCAAGUUUAAGAACAUAAAUAUGUUAACAGAACAAUUCAAUUCUGAGUUAUUUGUCUACCUGUUAUAGCGCUGAAAGGACUAUGGGGUUUUGCAAUAUGCAUGUGAACUGGAAACUGCUGCCAUGGUUUGAAUAUGUAUUCCCACACCCAGUGUGGAAUCAAAGUAUUGUAGGAACUUGACAAACAUUGUCACUACCCUAGGUAUGUUGACACCAUAAAUCCAAACUACACACGCCAGUAUUGUGAGUGCUCUCAUGAAACAUAAAAUCACAGAACAGGAGAAAAAAAACUUGGCAGCCAUUAGCAAAUUAGUAUUGACUCACUAGUUGUCUGGCAGGUCUAUUUUAGGCAUUUUUCUGUGUUGCUAGUAUGAGUCUGUGUCUUAUUGACUCUCUAGUUGUCUGGCAGGUCUAUUUUUGGCAUCUAUCUGUGUUGCUAGUAUGAGUCUGUGUCUUAUUGACUCUAGUUGUCUGGCAGGUCUAUUUUUGGCAUCUAUCUGUGUUGCUAGUAUGAGUCUGUGUCUUAUUGACUCUCUAGUUGUCUGGCAGGUCUAUUUUUGGCAUCUAUCUGUGUUGCUAGUAUGAGUCUGUGUCUUAUUGACUCUCUAGUUGUCUGGCAGGUCUAUUUUAGGCAUCUAUCUGUGUCGCUAGUAUGACUCUGCAUCUGUGUCUUAUUGACUCUCUAGUUGGCGGCCAGGUCUUUAUUUAAUAAUAUGACUCUUGUGUUACUGUGUGUCCAUCAGGAAAGCGGUGAAGGCCACUCUGGUGCUGCUGCCACUUCUGGGCAUCACCUACAUGCUAUUUUUUGUCAACCCGGGAGGGGAGGAUGAGGUCGCCCAAAUAGUCUUCAUCUACUUCAACUCCAUCCUGGAGUCUUUUCAGGUAUGCCCAUGCCCAAUAGAAAGUGUUAUAGAGGGUUUGAGAACUUGUUUGAUGCAGUAAACAUUCUGAAGCAUAUAACGAAAAUAUUUGGGUGUCAAGGUGUCACAAAACAAUAGAUGUAGGCUACAGUACAAUGUAAUGCUGCUCACACUGCUCAUCUUAUCGUCAAUGUUUAACACUCUCUCUCUCCUCCCCCUCUCCUCUCGCCAUCUCUUUCUCUCUGUGUUACCCCCUCUCUCCAUCUUUCCCUCUGUCUCUGUCCUCCAGGGCUUUUUCGUGUCAGUGUUUUACUGCUUCCUGAACAGCGAGGUAAGCAGAUUCAUGCUUGUCCCAUGAUCCCCCACCGCUCAAACUGUACCCGUAAUGCGUUUUUCUUUCAAAUCCCUCCGUCCCCCUAUCCCUCCCUCCAUCCCUCCCUCCCUCCAUCCCUCCUCUCAUUCCUACCAGGACUAUUGGAAACAUGUUCACUUCGCACCAUUUCAUGCAGAGCUAAAAAUGUAUAUUGUGUUGUCUAAAAUGCAAGCCAAGCAGCAGGGUUACCUUGGACAUGCAGAUCAAGAUGAGCUUCACCCUGGCCCAACACAUAUAUACACACCCCAUCUCAGAGGCUGCAUGGUGCCAUGGUCAAAAGUAGUGCACUAUAUAAGGAAUAGGGUGCCAUUUCAGAUUUGCCAAAAUGGAUUUGUCAUGAAAUAUUAAUCGGUGAGAAACCUAAAUCGGGCUUGAGUUACAAAAGAUUGCUUGCCUUAAAACCUGACAAACUCUUGGGAGAGCUGUGAAAGUACCCUUGCUACACAGCUUGAUGUAAACGUUGCAAUUACCUCCUUCUCAGGUAUCCCAUUCUCCCUGGAGCAAACUGUCUCAACUGGAGACUGCCCGGGUCAUGUCUCCUGGAUCAUUCAUCCAUGUAUUUUGGUUUAUAAAUGCAUUUAUUUUACCUCAGCAUUACACGGAUAGUCAGGAAGGAUGA